UUUUCUCAAUUUACCUACCUUUUGUACCAUUUUUGUUUUGUAACAUUUUGUCUUCCUUAACGAUAUAUUUUUAGACGCGAGUUCUCUCCUUUUCUUCUCGACUCUACGCGAUGAAUAAUUGUCUGCAUCUAACUUAAAAAAUUUCAAAGUUUUUUUUUAAAUUUUGAUCCUUAUUGGAGAUUUUAAGGAUUUUAUUUUACAUAUUAUGCUAAUUAAUUUUUAAUUUAGAAAUAUGUCGAGAGAUCUUUAUCCGUCAAAUUCGAAUAUUAUUGAUUUGAGAAGUAAAAUUUUAUCAACGCAUGCGCCUUCGAGGACGAAACAAUUUGUUAACGAGUUGGAUAGGCUUUCGAGUUCAUCAUUUGGACAAAAGGACAAAACGAAUAAUUCUGGAUUGGCGUAUGAAACUGAGCGUUGGUUUUCUCCAAGACAAAAUAGUGAAGUAAACACGUCGUUGCCUCCUAGACGUUCAAUUUUUACUCCAUCAAGACUUUCUGCUCGUCGAACUCGGGAAUCUACAAAGCCUUAUUGGCGGUGUCCUAACCCGACUUCAUCCAAAAACAUUACUCCAUCUUUAAAUGUUGAUGGAUUCUUUAACAAAACUACAUCUGCGAGAACUGAGACACCUGUGUUUAAUGCUUCUUUUUUCAACAAUAUUGCGUCAGUGGCCAAUACUGCUUUACCGGUAAACACUUCUGUCAGCGCUUCGCCUGAGGUCAAUUCUUUACCAACGAAUAUUGUUUCGUCUCUGACCAAUGUUGCACCUGUCGUAAACGCAACAAGUUUUGAUGUUCCAUGUGCAGAAAAUGCUACAGAGCGUGAAGAUGCUAUUUCAAGUGGAGUUGAUAUAUCUGAAUCCUAUCCUGCUUUUACUUUUGCUGAAGCGGUUAUUCGAGGGCCAAAAUGUCCAUCUCCUCCACCUAAGCCUAAGCCAACUUAUCAAGAUAAGGGGAUUCAAACAGAUGAAGUUCAGAAAGUGCAGACUGUGAAUACCUUCAAGGAUAAGCAAACAAACGACAAGCCAAUUGAGCCUAAAACGCAACAAACUUUUGAUAGCAUGCCAAAAAUAUCCGGCUUUCAACCUCCUCCAGCACCUCUCAAUGGUGGUUUUCAUUUUGGAACAUCAACAUCUGAAGCUACUGAUUCAACAAUGGCUAUCGAUACGAAUAUUAAUGGACUGACAACAAUGAAUGGAGUUCCGGACCCCACAAUGAAUGGAAUCGCUUGUGCUCCUGUGGUUAGUAGUUUUCAAUUCUCUGCUCCUCUCACUGGAGUUUUUCAAUUUGGAACAUCAACAUCUGAAGUCUCGUCGAAUAAUUCAAGUUUUUGUGAUGGGAAUGGAUUGGCAUCAAGGAGUGGUGUUUCAGUUAGGAAGAUGCUGCACGCAAAGAGGCCGAAGAAGCGUUAA